AUGGCGGCUUCUAUCUCGCCCUCGGUCAUUAUGACGCAAAUUCACAACUACCUCAACGCCAAUGAGACCUCCGACGCUCUUUUCAAGUCUCAAAACGCGUUCGAUACCAUUGGGACCUACAAAUGGUUCAUUGGCACUGGCAUCUUUGUCCUCGUUACUGCGAUCCAGGUUAUAAAAUACAUGCUGAGGGACCGACCACCUCCUGGUCUGAAGCUCAUCCCCGGUCCUACGAGCACCAUCCCCUACAUUGGACGUGUCCACGAUGUCGACCCAAACAAGCCAUGGUUUGCCAUGAAAAAGUUCUGUGACGAGUAUGGUGGCAUCUUCCGUUCCACUAUCUGUGGUGAGAUGCACAUCUGGGUCGGAGAUGCACAGAUUGCCUAUGACUUGCUCUGCAAGAAGGCGAGAAUCUAUUCAUCCCGUCCCAUGGUGCCUGCAGUUCCCGGCAGUGACUCCCAGGGUCAAUACCUCCCACUCCUGGCUCACGAUGACCAUUGGCGCAACCAACGCAAGUUCGCCCACACCGUCCUGACCGCCGGCUUCAAUUCCAAAUACUAUGGCUACGUCAGCCACGAGGCCAAACGUUUCCUGUACAAGCUCUUGAUUGAUCCUACAGACCACUACGCUCUGACCGAUCGAUUCUGUGGUCGCAUCAGUGCUCGCCUUGGUUAUGGAAGCCCAGCAUCAGCAGCCGCCCACUGCAAGAACGCGGGUGAAUUCAUUCCACAAAUCUCUCCAUCUGGUCCUAUCACCAACUUGAUGCCCUUCCUCGGCGGUCUCCCUGAAUGGAUUAAUCCUUCGAUUCGCAAAGUUCGCGAACGACGUGAAAAGGAGGAGAAACUGUGGAAGGGGUUGAUGAAGCAGGUGCGCCAAGAGAUGGAUCAGGGAACUGCUCCCAUCAGCUACGCGCGGACGUAUUUUGAGCGCAAGGAGGCUGAGGCUGGCUCUCGAUCUUUCGGAUUCGAUGACCAUGAGGCUGCUUACGCCGUCGGUAUGUUGGUGACUGUCGCCAUCUUCACUAUUGGCGGUCCUCUCUACUGUUUCUUCCUCGCCAUGGUCCUUCACCCUGAAUGGCAACAGAAGAUCCGCGAUGAAUAUGACGAGGUCAUCGGUGACCGAGUUGUCGAGGUAUCUGAUGCUCCUAACUUGCCAAUCCUCCGUGCUUGUAUCAAGGAAUGUAUCAGAUGGCGACCACCAGUCCCCUUGGGUGUCCCUCGUCUUCUCGAGGAAGAUGACGAAUGGAAUGGCUACUACCUUCCCAAGGGUGCUGUCAUCCACGCUGUCGAUCUCGCUCUUGCCCGCAACCCCGAGCUCUACCCAGAUCCGGAGACCUUCCGACCAGAACGAUGGCUCCAGAAAGAAUUCCCCACCUACAAGGAGCCGCUCACCGAGCAUCCUAGACUGAUGGGUCACCACGGUUUUGGUAUGGGCCGUCGCAUGUGCCCGGGUAUCGAAGUCACUGAAGCUGAGUUGCUCGUUGCUUGCGGCAGCAUUGUCGGCUGCUUCGAGCUCCUGCCACCAAAGGACGCCAACGGACAACCCCAGUGGCCAGAUAGCUACAAGUUCACACCCAACUUGAUCGGUGGCCCUCUGCCCUUCGAGAUGGAGGUCAAGGUCCGAAGUCCAGAGAAGGCCGAGCGCAUCAAGGUUUGGUAUGAGGAGAGCGUUGCUGAUGAAGCCGCGGGCAAGAUUGCUGCUGGCUUGUAA